AUGGAACUGAUGCAGAAAGAAGAAAAAGAGUCAUUUAAAGAAAACAGUAAUGAAGAAAAAAGCAAAAAGCAACAGUUGGAGGGGGGGGCCCCCCGGGGGCCCCCCAGGGGGCCCCCCUCUCAGGCUGCAGGGGGCCCCCCAGCAGCAGAGGCCAGGGGGCCCCCACACCCCAAGGGGCCCCCAAGAGGGUCCCGGGGGGGCCCCCAGGCUGGGGGGGGCCCCCAGGCUGAGAGGGGCCCCCAAGAAAAGGGGCACAAAGGGGGCCCCCGGGGGGCCCCCCAAGAAGGGGGCCCCCUUUUAAUGAAACCCAGAAGAAUAGGAAAAACCCGAAUUGGGGUUUACUCUGUAGCUGCUAGUUAUGAGGGCCCCUGCAUGCGUUUGCUGCUGUCUUUUUCUAGGGAGACUCCCCCAGCAGCAGCAGCAACAGCAGCAACUGCAGCAGCAGCAACAGCAGCAGCAGCAGACGUCGCAGGGCCCCUACAGAAAGCAGCAGCAGCCUGUGCUGCUGCAGCCACCAGCGGGGCCUCGGGGGGCCCCCUGGGGGCCCCCCUGGUCUCUGCCCUGGUGGCAGAGGCCUUCUUGGGUUCUUUCUCAGGGGCCCCCAAAGCCCGUGGGGGGCCCCCCAGAGACCCCAGGGGGCCCCCGGGGGGCCCCCUAGGCUCUCUGGGGGGCCCCCUGGGGGCCCUGGGGGGCCCCCUGGGGGCCCUGGGGGGCCCCCAGGGGCCCCUGGGGACCCUUUUUGGGGGCCCCCGGGGGCCCCCCGGGGCCCCCGUUCACCGGCACACGGUGUCUCUACAGCUCUCGUAUCUUUCUCCCUUAUCUCUUUCGAAUUUAAUUUACUUUUGUGCUUUCCAUUUAAAACUUGAAGACAAAGACUUUUGGAAAGAUGCUGAAGCUGCUGCUGCAGCACAAAUUCAUUUGCUGCUGCGCACCAAAGGGGUACACCUCAGGGGCCCCCAGCCUGGGGGCCCUCCUUCUACUGGCUCUGGGGGCCCCCCCGAAGGGCCUCAGGGGCCCCCCCAGGGGCCCCCCCAGGGGCCCCCUGGGGGGCCCCCCGAGGGGCCCCCUGGGGGGCCCCCCGAGGGGCCCCCUGGGGGGCCCCCUGAAGGGCCCCCAGGGCUGUUUUUGGGGCCCCUGGGGCCCCCGGAAGCAGACCUUUCGGAAGAGUUGCUGCAGAGUGUGAUGGGGGCCCCUGUUCUUUCAGUUCCUUCCCCAACUGCAGCAACAAUCCUUAAGCUGCUGCGGGGGCUUUUUGCUGCUGGCUGUGGGGCCCCCCCGCUGCUGCAUGCAGCAGCAACUUACCUCUCCCGCUGCUGCAGCUUCACCCACAGCGACUUGCUGCAUGCGCUGGCCCUCCUCAAGGCCAUGGGGCCCCUGGGGGCCCCCCCAGGGGGCCCCCCUGGGGGCCCCCCGGGGGGCCCCCAGGAGGCAGGGGGCCCCCCUGGGGGCCUUCAGGAGGGGGGGGGCCCCCCGGGGGGGCCCCCCGAGGGCGGGGGGCCCCCCGAGAACCCCAGGGAGCUGCUGGCGCAGAUUGUGGUGCAGCGGCUGCUGCUGAGGGAGCAGCGGCUGCCGCUGCUGGUGGCAGCAGCAGCAGCAAAUGUUUUUUCCCAUGCUGCUCUCCUUGCAUGCAUUAAGAGGGUACCUUUGGGGCCCCCGGGGCCCCAAAGGUACCCCCAGGGGGCCCCCGCGGGGCCGGGGCCCCCAGUGGAGGCAGGCACAGCGACUCUGCAGCAGCAGCAGCAGCAGCAGCAGCAGCAGCAGCAGCAGCAGCAGCAGCAGCAGAGUGCAGUAGAAGUAUUGUUUUUGAGUUUGGCCCGCAGCGCAGCAAAAGCCAUAAAAGCCCACCGGGUGGGGGGCCCCUCGGGGGGCCCCCUGGGGGCCCCCCAGGGGGCCCCCGUGCGUGGGCGUGACUUGGCGCUGCUGGCUAGGGGCUAUGUGCGGGUGGGAGAGAGAGCAGCAGCAGCAGCAGCAGGAGCAGCAGCAGCAGCAGCUGCUGCUGCUGCUGCUGCCUCCUGGGUCCAGGCCCUAGAAGCAAACUGGGGGGCCCUUCAGAUCCAGCUGGACUCUCUGAGUCUCGCGCUGCUGCUGGGGGCCCUGCCCAAGCUGCAGCAGCGGCUGCAGCUGCAGCGCAGCAGCAAAAGUGUUUGGGAGCUGCUGCUGCAGCUCUUUUGCCAACAGAUUGGAUCUGCUGCUCCGCAGCAGCUCGUAAUGGCAGCAGCAGCAAUUGCUGCACUGCAGCAGCAGCAAAAAACCCCACAAAAAGCUUUCAAACUCAUUGCCCGCUUUUUGGUGAAGGAAAACCUCUUGGGGGCCCUGAGUGCUUCGGAGCUGCAGAGCCUCAUGGUCGCGCUGCGGCGGGUGGGGGAGGGGGCCCCCCCAGGGAUUGCUGCUGCUGCUGCUGCAGCACUAAAGGCCAGGGGGCCCCCCAGCUGUUUGUCUCCGGGCCUUCGAGACGAGGCCCUGGCCCUUCACGCGAGCUUUGGGAACAGCGAACCCGCAACCCAGAAGCAAAUCAGCAGCAGCAGCAACAACAGCAGCAGCAGCAGCAGCAGCAACAACAACAGCAGCAGCAGCAGCAGCAGCAGCAGCAGCAGCAGCAGAUGGGUUGCAUGCAUGCAGUUUGAAUCUGCUGCGCAGACACUUGAUGGGGUGUACGUGGAGGCCCUCGUUGAUGCGGCGCUGCAGAGCGACAAAUGGACAAGCAAAACUGCCCUUCGUUGCUUGGAGGCCCUUUCGCGGGCAACUGACUCCCCCGGGGCCCUCAAACCUCAGCAGCAGCAGCAGCAGCAGCAGCAGCAGCAGCAGCAGCAGCAGCAGCAAGAGCAGCAGCAGCGAAGGCAUCUGCUGCAGCAGCUGGUGCUGCAGCGCAUGCAGCAGCAGCGCGCAGCUAGAGCUCCCGAGUGA